AUGGGGAUGGGGACGGGGAUGGGGAUGGGGACGGGGACGGGGAUGGGGAUGGGGAUGGGGGCCGGCGGGUAUCAUCGCUCCCCGUCGACGCCGUACGGCGGGCAGGGCGUGUAUCCGUACGCCGCGCCGGGGAGCGGCUGGGAUCUCAAUCCGCCCCGAGGUCCGGGGGGACCUGGCGGGAUGUCGACGCCGUUCGACCUCGAGGACGCGAUCGCGUACGCCCGCGGCGGCGGCGGCGGCGGGGAUCGAACCGGCGGCGGCGCCGGCGAUUACCUCAUGGGCGCGCUCGAGACCGCGCUCGGCGCGGGCGCGGAGGCGGCCAGAGGCGGCGUCCAGAGUGAAGAGCGGCGGCGCGCGCAAGCCGUCGUGCGGCAAGUCGCGGAGGCGCUGGAAGACCGCGAGGAGAUGGCGGACGAGCUCGACGAGGCGAUCGCGCGCGCGGACGCCGCGGAGGCGCGCGCGGCCGCCGCGGAGGCGGCGGCGGCGGCGGCGACGAAGGAGGCGAGGGACAGCGUGAAGGAGCAGAGGGCGGAGGAGCAGGAGGCGGUGCUCAGCGCGUUGGGGCUCGCGGAGGAACGCGCGGUGCAGAUGGCUGCGGAGUGCGAGACGCUUCGCGAGGAAAAGGACGCCAUCGCGAGCGCGCUCGAGUACGUCAACGAAGAGAUGGAGACGAUGCGCGCGAGGGAGGAGGCGACGAUGCAGGAGUUUUACCGUAAAGGGUUCGCCGCGGGUCAGGCGCAGUACGAGGAGCUCGUGAAGACGCACGCGAGUCGAGGGCAGCUCGAGGCGCUCGGGUUGACGCCCACUGCGCCGGCGUCGGCGUCGGCGUCGGGAGGCGGCGCGACGACGCCGUCGUCGCCGAUGGCGUCGCUGAUGCCCACGCCGGAGCCGUUCGGGACGCCGGUGCUCACGGGUAACGGUUCCAUGGCGGGGGUUACGAUGACGACGGGGUCGCCGACGCUCGCGAGGAUAAAUACCCAUACGAGAGCGGCGGCGGCGGAGGCGAAGGAAGACGAAACGUCGACCGUCGCGACCGUCCCACCGACCGGGAGUAGCCCCGAGGAGCGCGAGAAUGGCGGCGGCGGCGGCGGCGGCGGCGAAGUCCUCCUCGAGGAAUCGCGCGAGGUCGGUCGCGCGAGCGGCGGUCGCGGAGGCUAUCCGGUCUCUUCGCCGAAGAAAAAACUGGCGGAGGACGCGGAAGCCGCGAUCGAGACGGCGACGCUGUUCGAGACCGUGUCCUUGGAAGAUGAAACGUCGACCGGCGCGGGCGGCGGCGGCGGGACGCCGAGGAGCGGGCGCGGGACGCCGAAGUCGUCGCUCUCGCGCCAAGCGUCGACGUGAACGCGGUCGACAGUUUGACAGACGACCGAAGGCAAUAAUGGCUUCGAUUUGACCGUGGGCAUUUUUUUGAAAGGAGCGUUUGAAAGGGCCUAGCUCGGGUCAAAUGCAUUAUCCGUUUUUCCAAAAAAGCGAGAGGGACCAAAU